CCGCUCGUGGACUCGCGUGGACCCCGAACGGUGCGCUCUUGCAUACUACAUCCUCAAGGGCACACCGAUCAACAUUGGCGUAAUCAUAUCCGAUCGAUUUUGGACCUCCAUGGUCAACAACUCCAAGGGGUUUUAUUUCCCUUGCCUCGUUACCGGGCUAUGCAAGAAGGCGAAGGUCCCAACCAAAACGACGGACAUUUUCACAUCAAUUCGGAAGCCGAUGAGUAACCUUGCGGCCCGACAAUACAAGGCACCCAUCCAAGAUGGCGAGCAACCCGUCGAGAACCAACCAAUAGCUCCACCCGAGGGUCCAAGCACAAGUUCUGACCGGCGAUUUCAAAGAAGAAUGGAGCGAGAGUUGGUGAUCACGAGAAAUCGGCUUGCCACGGUGGAGCACAAGGUGAGCACGAUCGAAUCCCUCCAACGGUGGUCGGGAAAGAUGCUCCAAGCCAUUGUGCGCCAUUUGGCAUGCGGCAAUCCCGAGUGCGCCGAACCGGCUCCGUUGCCCGCACCGAUUCUUGAGCCGGUCCCCGAGCUUUCAGAUGAUGAAGAGGAUGGUGAUGCUCAUGCGCAAGGUGGAGUUGGUGCGCAACCCAACGAUGGUCCCGACGCUUAAACAGGUGUUUUCUAUCCUUAAACUCCGGGCGAAUCACAUUGAGGGCAAUGUGAAUUUUAAGUUUGGGGGUGG